AUGAAGAUCUACCUGACCAAGCCAUUGCCAGAGCGUUCGAGAGGUGUCUACCGCAACCCACAUCAUCUAGACGAACUACUCCGAAAGACGAUUCAAGAUUACCUGGACAAGGGUUUCAUCGAGAGCUGCUGGCCUGGAUUUGCCUCACCAGCCUUCUUUGUGCCCAAGGGUGACAUGGGCAUGGAUUGGAGAUUCGUGAUCGACUACCGGGACCUCAACGACGCCAGUGCAAAGAUGAAGUACCCCAUGCCUCUUUCGUACGCCGACGACAUCCUGAUCUAUUCAGAGUCGGCCGAGGAAAACGUGCGCCAGACCGAGGAAGUCAUUCGACGACUGGCAGCGGCAGGCCUACAGGGCGACAUCAAGAAGAGCUCCUUUUGCGUCACCGAGGUGGAUUACCUCGGGCUGGCCAUCCUUGAGUGGAGGCUGUCGGACCUAAAAUCUACGAAAGCCAUCCGAUCUUUCCUCGGAUUGGUUAACUUUGUCCGACGCUUCUCGAAAGAAGUAAGCGAGCUGGCGCACCCGCUCAACGAGCUCCUAAAAAAAGGGGCAAUCUUCAAGAUCGGCAAGCAAGAGGAAGCGGCUUUUGAAGCACUCAAGGAAGCCCUGGUCCGAGCUCCCGGAAUGGGCUUCUGGAAGAUAGGCGCCCCGACUCGGAUAGAGACUGAUGCGUCAAAGCAUUCGGUAGGCGCCACCGCUUUACAACAACAGAACGACAACUCAUGGAAGCCGGUGGCCUACUUCUCCAAGACCUUGUCGUCAACAGAGACGGUAUGGCCUAUCCAAGACCGAGAAUUCCUCGCCAUCAUCCGCGCCCUAGAAGAGUGGAGGCCAGAGCUGAUUCUGUCGGAAUUUGACUACAAGAUGACAUACCGACCCGGGAAGGAGAACAUAAUUGCAGAUGCCCUGUCCCGGAAAAGCGAGAACUUCGAGACCGUCAGAGCCAGAGACCUGGAUUCCCGCACCAUGGAACUGGUCCCGAACGAUCGGGUACCCGCAGAAGUUCUCGAGGAGACACAUGUCGAAGCUGCUCCCCUAGACAUCGCGGCAAAUUCUGAGGACCGCGGCCCAGCAGUACCUGGGGAGGCACCAGCCGGAGUGUUCCUUGUGGAGCUGAUUGUCCGGGAAAAUGAGAAACAGAUUCCCAAGGAGGACCGGCGGAAGGAGAUCGUAUCUGGGUGCCGGAUCCACGAACCCAAAUCAAGGGGUCAUCCCGGGAAGAACAAGAUGAAGGCGAUGCUGCGGCCGUUCUAUUACUGGCCACGUAUGGAUGAGGAUCUCGCGCGCUACGCACGCAAUUGCCAGGCAUGCCAGGAACCUUGGCAUACCGUGCUGGUGGACGGAAAGGACAUGCCGAAUGAUCGAAAUGGAUUCGACUACGUUUGGACGUUCAUCUGCAAGCUGAGCAAGCUGAUUCUCACGAUUCCGGGGAAAAAGACAGACACCGCCGAAAGACUGGCCAAGCGAUAUUACCGCCGCGUGUUUGGUCACCUCGGUCUACCGAAGAUUUGGCUCUCGGACAACGGACCACAGUUCAUUUCGAAAUUCAUGGCCAAGGUCAACGAGAUGACGGGAACAGAGCACAAAUUCGGCAGUGCCUACCAUGCGCAGACUCAAGGAGGCGUGGAGAUUACCAACCAGUAUCUUGACCAACGCUUGACGUUUUACGUGUCGUAUUUUCAAGACGAUUGGAGUGAGCAUCUGGCGGCGUUAGACUUCGCGCAUAACUCCACGCCGCACGACUCAACAGGCAUGACUCCGAUCGAGGCCUCCCAGGGCGAGCACCCCACGCGGCUUUCGUUCAUAUAG